UCACCUGCAAUUAUUUGUUUCGUUUCAAUUGUUUGAUUUAUUUGGCAUUUUACAAGACAAAUGUUGUUAUACAGACUCCUACGCGAUGGUGAGAACGUGUCUGGGGGUAUAGUCGCCAGGAAUUCACAGUCCACAGUUUCUUUAAUUGAUCACAUAGCCUCUAAACAGGGUACAAGCUGGUGGGGUGGAACAAAGUACAUCUCUACGUGCCAUAGUUUAGAGGCUGUGAUGUCGUUUGCCAUAAACAGUAGGGCAAAAGAAUCGUCUGCUGUGAAUGUACAGAUUGCAGAAAUCGAUACGAGUACUUUACCUUCGGAAGUAGAAGUUAUUGAUUUAUCGUCAAGGGAAAAGAGACGCGCAUAUCUGCAAAAGGAAGGCAUAAAAAAUACGGAAAAUACAAAAUUCCGAAGAUUUGAGGAUAUCACUGAAACGUCUAAAGAAGUCACAAUAGCCAGCUUUAUACCACCACAUUGUAUAAAGUUGAUCAGUAAAACAAUAACCUCUAAUUUACUCUUUAGACUUUUAAGAGAUGAAGAAGUCAGUCUCAUUCAAAACGGAGAUUCGAUUACAGCAAAAUCGCUUCUAUCAGAAACAUCCGUUGUUGAUCACGUGACCAGUGGUCUCCAAUCAAAUCCUUCAAAGUACAUAUCUACGUGUACGACAGUCGAUAUUGUAAAGGAAUUUGCUGCAAAUCUUGUGAAAUCAAACAAAACGAAGACAUCAAAAACUUUUCACAUAGCUAAGAUUGAUGUCAACAAACUAAUUCCCACACAGUUUGAAAUCAUUGACUUGUGCUCAGAUGAAAUCAGACGAAAACAAAUAAUGAAAGAACACGAUGAAGUAAAGAUUGCUAAUUUUCACAAGGUGUGCGAUAAAUAUAAAGUAGUAUUAUUAGUGGGUCACGUGCCUAGUCGUUGUAUUGGCAUUUUGAAAUUGACAUAUAAUUCUGCGAAAGACGAUUGGUCUGAAUAAAACACACCAUAAACAUUGUCAUAUCAAACAUUUAAAUAACUGAGGGGAAAGACGUUCGAGGAUUCCUACUACCCUUCUAUAGAAUACAAAACCACCAGCAAUCAUUUUUUCCAUCUGCAAUUCGUCUGUGGAAUGAACUACCAUCUGCUGUCGUCACAGCUUCCACUUUGGAAGGAUUCAAAGACAGCCUCCAGACACCUGCUUCAUGUUAGAUAUCUCAGUUUUAAUUGUAUAUAACACCACGAUGGCUUUUAACCGGAUUUGUGUACAUAGUGUGUUGGAAAGAUGUUUCCUGUGGGCAAUGUGUAAAUAGUCAUUUGCGAUAAUACACCAGAGGUGGUAUGCAAAUUAUUGGAAGAAGAAGAAAAAGAAGAAGAAGAGGACUCCUCGGUGUUAUACCUGACGUUAAAUCGUAUCACAUGAUUGUUAAACAAUUGGACACUGUUCAAGCCGAUACAUUUAUUUUUUACUUCUCUAUUAUUCACCCUUUUCCUAUCACACAUUUUGUUAUACAAUUUGCGGAGGGGAAAGAUGUCUGAGGACUCCUCAUGAUUUCACCUGACGUAAACAUGUAUCACAUUGUUAAACAAUUUGAAGAAGUCGUCAUAUUCAACUUUGUCUAAUAUUUGAAAAAGGAGAUAUGCCCAUCUUGUUGACGCAUCUAGUUUUAAUCUUUGCUGAAUUGGUAUGAUUCAGGGUGCGCUCGGUUUGCGAGUUCCAGACGAUCGGAAUAGACGGAAUAAACCGGAAGUUCAUUAGAACAAUACAGAACUGUGUUUUGAACGCGUUCCAAGUGUGCCGAAAAAUAUUAGGGGCAGACAGAAUUCAAAAUGACGGAGAAGGGAACUCAAUGGUAGAGAUACAGUAAUCAUAGCUUUCAGUGAAAUAAAAAAUGCAAAUUGAUAAUCAGUUCAAUCAAGGAUUUGUAUAGUAAAACUAUACAGUCAUAUGAUUCUUAUUAUAUAUAUCAACGUAUUUGAUCCUAAAAGCCUGAUUUUAAGUGAAAUAUGCAAUUAAAGUGUCUUUUUCUGUCAGACUAACACGUUAUCGUGGCCGUCCGAUGUCUUUUUCGUAUAAUGAUAAUUAUGACGACUUUGAAGUCAGAAUUUUUUAUUUGGACACUAAAAAAAUGUCAUGUUUUGUUCGGAAAGGUCAAUAGAUGCAGCCUACGGAAAGAUACAGACCGUGCAAGGCCCUCAUGGGUAGUCAAGGUCGUUAAAAAACCCCUCGUCGACGGAAAAGUGAAGCCAUGCAGUUGCAAUUAAGUUUUGCCUCUCGAAAAUGCUAAUUAUUAUCUCGUAAAUUCGUAUGUAUUGUUAUUAAUUAAAUAAAAUAAAAGAGUAAACAAUAAAAAAACACAACCUAAAAUUCACAGGCCGAGCUAGUUGUUAUGGUAGGACGAGUUUGUUAUGGUCCGAGUUUGCUAUAGGCCGAGCAGAUCAGAUAAG